AUGGGUUGGAAUGAUGAUAUGGCUUAUGAAAUAACAGAUAAAGAUAAAGAAGAAUAUGAAAAACAAAUAAAAUUUUUACCUAAAACAGAUAAUCGAUCUACAACAUUAAUAACAGCUUUACAUCGUCGUUCAUUACCAUGUAUAAAUAUUCGAGAUAUACUUCGACUUGAAAUGAUUGGUUCAACAUCAGAUGAUGACAGUUCAGAAGAUUAA